AUGUCUGGAAUCCACGCCGACGAGAAGACUAAAAGCACCGCCGCGCGCAUCGAGACGCUCCACCCCGUCGACACGGAGAAGCGCUCCGCGACCAGCCAGAAUGGCGAGGACGAGAUCUCCGAGGCGGACAACAAGCGCCUCCGGCGCCGCAUCGACUGGUUCCUCAUGCCGCUCCUGUGCACCGUGUACGGGCUGCAAUACCUCGACAAGACUGGCCUCACGUGGGCGUCCAUCAUGGGCAUCAUCCCCGACACCAAGCUCACAAUGGACGAGUACUCAUGGCUCGGGUCCGUCUUCUUCCUCGGCUUCCUGGCGGGCGAGUACCCCCUCUGCUGGGCACAGCAGCGCUGGCCGCUCGCCAAGGUCACAGGCCUGACGAUUAUCGUGUGGGGCGCCGUCCUGGGCUCCAUGGCGGCGUGCAAGGACUUCAAGGGGCUCAUGGUGACGCGGUUCCUGCUCGGCUUCCUCGAGAGCGCCAUCACCCCCGCCCUCACGAUCUUCACAGCCCAGUGGUACCGCGUCAGUGAGCAGGGCCUCAGGACCGGCGUGUGGUACUCGACGCAGGCGGGCAGCGUCAUCUUCGGCGGCUCGGUCGCGUACGCGUUCGCCAUGGGCAGCCUGCACAAGACGUUGAGCAUUGCGUCGUGGCGCGCGCUCCUGAUCCUCUUCGCGGCGAUCACGGUCGUCGUGGGCGUAGCCUUCAUGUUCCUCAUCCCCGACUCGCCCGAGACGGCGUGGUUCCUCACCGAGGAGGACCGCAAGCUCGCCCGCAUUCGCACCAAGGAGAACCAGCUCGGCACGACAGACAACAGGUUCAAGUGGUACCAGGUGCGCGAGGCGCUGCUCGACCCCGCGGUGUGGCUGCUGUGCCUCGUCUCGCUCACGAUCAUGAUCCCCUCGGGUGGCCUGCUCAACUUCUACGGCAUCGUCGUCAAGUCUAUGGGCUUCACCGCCGAGUCGACCCUGCUUAUGAGCACGGCCGGGUCAUGGAACGUCGCGAGCGUUCUUUUCUUCCCCUGGCUGGCGGGCAAGCUCCGUCGCCGCGCCCUCGUCUCCGUCCUCCCCAUGCUCAUCGGCCUUGUGGGCGUGGCGAUGGUCUGGGGCGCCAAGAACAAGAUCGUGCGGUUUAUCGGGUACAACCUCGGCCUCGGGUAUGCCGCGGCCUUCGGUCUCGCCAUCUCGCUCCUCACGUCCAACGUUGCCGGCCGAACCAAGAAGACGACGGCCAACGCCAUGUUCCUCAUCUUCUGUGGGUGUUGCGCUGCGUGCGGCGAGCUGACUGCAGACUGUGUCGGUAAUCUCAUCGGCCCGCAGACCUUCAGGCAGAAGGACGCCCCGGGCUACGUUCCGGCCCUCACGAGCAUCGUGGUCCUGUACUGCGUCGCCAUCCUGCUCCUCAUCGCCACUCACUUCCUGUACGCGCACCGUAACAGCAAGCGCGUGUGGACCGAGGGCAACGAGCCCCUUGCGGCUGACUCGGAGGAUCUGACCGACCGCGAGAACCCGCACUUCCACUACGCGCUGUAA